CAGCGCUCCCCGGCAGCGGCCACGACCCACCUCUGCCCAUGGGGCUCUCCAUGUGCGCCCCUUCGCGCUGGGACUGAAACUGGCUCGCCAGGGAGACGCGAGACACCGACAAGGACCCACAGCACAGAAUUAACUUGAGGACUCUGCAAAUACUUGAAGGAGAGGAGAGCCGGCCAGAUUCCCCUAACUUUCCAGAACGUGGAACUUUCUUCGAAACGCGAAAGGAUGGUGGCGGAGCGCACUCGCAAAGCGGCAGCAGCCGGUGCCCGCGGCCCUGGGGAGCUGGGCGCGCCCGGGACGGUGGAGCUGGCGGCGGCGCCAGCGGAGCGCUGCGCGCGGCUCCCCAGUCCCGGCUACUGCGGGAUCUUGGCGCUGGCCCUCUGCUCGCUGGGGCUCAGCCUGCUCGCCCACUUUCGGACCGCCGAGCUGCAGGCCCGGGUGCAGCGCCUGGAAGCGGAGCGCGGGGAGCAGCAAAUGGAGGCGGCUAUUUUGGGACGAGUUAACCAACUGCUGGAAGAGAAAUGGAAGCUCCAUUCUCGGAGGCGCCGGGAGGCCCCAAAGACAUCUCCAGUGUGUCACUGCCCGCCAGGACCUCCUGGUCCUGCUGGAAGACCCGGCCUCCCGGGGGACAAAGGUGCCAUUGGGAUGCCUGGACGUGUGGGAGUAAAGGGCCAACCAGGCGAGAAGGGUGCUCCAGGAGAUGCCGGCUUGUCCAUCAUUGGUCCCCGAGGCCCCCCAGGUCAGCCGGGCACUCGAGGCUUCCCUGGAUUUCCGGGUCCCAUUGGUCUGGACGGCAAACUGGGCCACCCUGGACCCAAAGGGGAGAUGGGCCUGAUGGGUCCCCAAGGACAGCCGGGACCUCAAGGACAAAAAGGAGAAAAGGGCCAGUGUGGAGAGUACCCACACCGGCUGCUGCCUCUCCUCAAUUCAGUGCGACUGGCUCCACCCCCAGUCAUUAAAAGACGGACCUUCCAGGGUGAACAGGGCCAGGCCGGCAUCCAAGGCCCACCAGGGCCACCAGGCCCCCCUGGACCCAGUGGACCUCUGGGACACCCAGGAUUGCCAGGGCCCAUAGGGCCCCCCGGUUUGCCUGGGCCUCCUGGAUCAAAGGGAGACCCAGGAAUCCAGGGCUACCAUGGCCGAAAGGGAGAACGUGGCAUGCCAGGAAUGCCAGGCAAACACGGAGCGAAGGGGGCUCCUGGAAUCGCUGUGGCUGGGAUGAAGGGUGAGCCAGGGACCCCAGGAGCCAAGGGUGAGAAGGGGGCCGCUGGUCCCCCCGGACUGCUCGGCCUCCUGGGGCAGAAGGGAGAAAAAGGCGAUGCCGGCAACUCCAUUGGAGGAGGCAGAGGAGAGCCCGGGCCCCCAGGGCUCCCUGGGCCCCCAGGGCCGAAGGGAGAAGCUGGUCUCUGUGGCCAGGCUGGUCCCCCAGGACAGCAAGGACAAAAGGGGGAGCCUGGAGCAACUGGAGAGCAGGGACCAGCCGGCCCCAAGGGCCCCAAGGGAGAGCCAGGGAAAGGAGAGCUGGUAGAUUACAAUGGCAACAUCACAUCCUCGCAGGAGAUCCGAAUGAUGGCGUUGAUGGGGCCCCCUGGUCUUCCUGGGCAAAUCGGCCCACCCGGAGCUCCAGGGAACCCAGGCCAGAAGGGGGAAAUUGGACUGCCAGGCCCUCCAGGACACGAUGGAGAAAAGGGACCUCGAGGCAAACCAGGAGACAUGGGCCCUCCUGGUCCCCAAGGCCCCCCAGGAAAGUCUGGACCUGCAGGGAUGAAGGGAGAAGAUGGACUUACAGGCAGCCCAGGAGAGAAGGGGGAGAAAGGCGAGCCAGGGCAGGCAGGCUCACCGGGUCUAGAUGGCCCAACUGGGGAGAAAGGAGAACCAGGUGACCAAGGGAGACCUGGAGCAACAGGACUGCCUGGCCCAAUUGGGCUCCCAGGAUUUACAGGGGAGAGAGGCGAACCGGGGGAGAAGGGCGACCCAGGAGUGGAGGUUCCUGGGCCACCAGGGCCAGAAGGACCUCCUGGACCUCCGGGGCUCCAAGGCAUUCCUGGACCAAAGGGGGAAGCAGGACUGGAUGGCGCAAAAGGCGAACAGGGCAUCCAGGGAGAAAAAGGAGACCGAGGGCCUCUGGGACUGCCCGGAGCUUCAGGUUUGGACGGCAGGCCUGGGCCACCGGGUACUCCAGGACCAAUUGGAGUUCCAGGCCCAGCAGGACCAAAGGGCGAGAGGGGCAGCAAAGGCGACCCUGGGAUGACGGGACCAACGGGAGCAGCUGGGCUUCCUGGUUUACAUGGACCACCCGGGGACAAAGGAAACCGGGGGGAGAGGGGGAAGAAAGGCUCUAGAGGGCCUAAAGGGGAUAAGGGAGACCAAGGAGCGCCUGGAUUAGAUGCCCCCUGCCCGUUGGGCGAAGACGGCCUUCCAGUCCAGGGCUGCUGGAACAAGUGAUGCCUCUAACCUGGAAUUGGCCUGUGUGUGUUUUUGUACAUAGAAUAUUUAUUUUUAUACAGUUUUCACUUUUUGAAAAUGCCAGAAGUAUGAUGUAUCUUACAGAUUAUUAAAAAAAAAAUAGCAAAAUCUGCAUAUUUGUACAGAAAAUACCAACCUCUUCCCUUUUGUUUACAAAUGUUUUGUAUAAGCCUACAACACUAAUACACUUUUUUGUUUGUGAGUAUGGUCAUAUGUUUGCAUGAUAUAAGGCACAUUUAUUAAGUAUUGAAGCUUAAUAAAUUAUUGUGUUCAGGUGCCAAAAGGCGUC